GUGAUGGCCAACCGCACGAUGAGCCGCGACCUGAGCACGCCGACGCCGUACGAGCGUGGUGUCCGCGACGGCGCCCUGGCGGGCAUCGGCCUCAGCAUCGGCGUCUCGCUCCUCACGGCCGUGGGCACGGGCGCCGCCGUUGCGCUCUGGAAGUACGUCAAGAAGCAGCGCAACCUCUACGACGCUGACGAGCUCAUUGCCAAGCGCCGUUCGAUCUUCCCGCGGGACUAUGACACGUCGCGCGUUGUGCCCGAGAGCGUCUUGAUGAAGAUGCUUGAGAGCGCCAACUGGGCGCCGACGCAUGGCAAGACUGAGCCGUGGCGCUUUGUCGUGUUUGCUGGCGACGCCCGUCGUCGCCUCGGCGAGAAGGACGCGGCCAUCUACAAGGCCAAGACGCCCGAAGACAAGUUCUUUCCCAAGAAAUUUACCAACAAGCUCCAGAGCAAGCUCGACUCGUCGUAUGUGAUUGCGAUCGUCAUGAAGCGCCAGGAGAGCAAAAAGAUCCCGGAGAUUGAAGAGAUCGAGGCUGUUGCGUGCGCCGUCCAGAACUUGCACUUGUCGGCGACGGCCCACGGUGUCGGUGGCUACUGGAGCUCGGGUGGCUCGUUCGACGACGAAAUGAAGGCCUUCCUUGGCCUUGGCGCCGAAGACAUUUGCCUCGGCCUUUUCUAUGUCGGGUACCCCAAGCCGGGCUUCGUCCACCCCAAGGGCGCCCGCCGCCCCAUCCAGGACAAGGUCACGUUCGUUCGCGAGUAGACGUGGUCGCACGGUAGAUGUUAAGGAUAUGUAACAAGACAAUAGUCGACUAGACCAAACGACUCUGGGCGAUACAACGAGCUGC